CCACAGAAAGAACAAAAGCUUAUCUACUUGGUCCAAAGCAGAGAUAGACACAUCUAUAUCUCUGGUUCAAAGCUAUAAAUAGACUAAUGAUAUGGACGGAAAUGAUGUCAUUAAAAUCGAACCAAAACAAGAAGAAGAAAUCCAUUUAGAUCUCCAAAAAAAUUGUUUAGUAAGUAACGAAGCAUUGGUUACAAUAAAGGAGGAGGUUACCAUCACUGCACAGUGCUCUAAAUCGCUCGAUAAUAAAGAAAUACAACAAACUGAUUGUGGAUGGAAUGUCAAUACUGAAAUAUCCAAUGAUUUUGAAUGUGACUUGGAUCAACACACAAGAAACACUAAGCUGCAACCUAAACAACAUAUUUCAAAAAAUACUAUUUUAAAAGAGUUUACCUGUGUUAAUUGCGAUUAUCGAACAAAGAAAAAACAACUGCUUCAACAGCACAUUUUAAAUCACAAACAUAAUGCGCUACAAUGUGCUGAUUGUGAUUACAAGACAAAUCGGAAAAACAACUUCAAACGACACCUUUUAACACAUAAAGAUUCUAAAGAUUUUAAAUGUGGUAAUUGUCAUUAUCAGACAAAUUACAAAUACUGUUAUAAACAGCACCUUUUAAAACAUCUAGAUUCUAAAGAUUUUAAUUGUGCUCAUUGUGAUUACACGACAAACAGUAAAAGAUACUUAAAACCACAUCUUCUAAAACAUAAAGAUUCUAAACAUUUUAAAUGUGAUAGUUGUGAUUAUGAGACAAAUUACCAAAGCAACCUUACACGACACCUAUUAAGUCAUACCGAUUCUAAGGAUUUAAAAUGUGCUAAAUGUAAUUAUGAGACCAGUAACAAACACCACUUUAAACGGCACUUUUUAAAUCAUACCGACUCUAAAGAUUUUAAUUGUGCUCAUUGUGAUUAUGGAACAAAUAUUAAACAAUAUCUUAAAUCUCACCUUUUUAAACAUACCGUGUCUAAAGCUUUAAAAUGUGCCCAUUGUGAUUAUGAAACUAAUAAUAAAGAAUCUCUUAAAUCACACCUUUUAAAACAUGCCGCUAUUAAAGAUUUUAAUUGUACUAAUUGUGAUUACAAGACAAACUGCAAAAAAAACUUUACUCAGCACCUUUUAAAACAUAUCGAUUAUAAACAUUUUAAAUGUGCUGAUUGUCAUUACGAGACAAAUUACAAAAGCAACUUUAAGCAACAUCGUUUAAUUCAUACCGAUUCUAAAGAUUUUAAAUGUGCCCAUUGUGAUUAUGGAACAAAUAUUAAACAGUAUCUUAAAUCUCACCUAUUAAAACAUACCGAUUCUAAAGAUUUUAAAUGUGCCGAUUGCGAUUAUGGAACAAAUAAUAAACAACGUCUUAAAUCGCACCUUUUGAAACAUACCGGCUCUAAAGAUUUUAAAUGUACCAAUUGUGAUUACAAGACAAAUUACAAAAACAACUUUACACGACACCUUUUACAACAUAGGUACUGAUUCAAAUGUGUUUUUCUCAGAUAUUUUCAUUUGUAAAUAAAGAUUUCUUUCAAAUGAAUGAUUCCGUAAUAACAAAAUAAUUAUAUAUUACUGAGUGAGUGGUCGACCAGUAUGACCCACACAAAAAUGUCAGAUUUAAAAAAAUGGGAUUCUCUACUAUUCGUCACAGACUAUGACUGCAAAUGAUCGAAAGCAAAAACAGAGGCGAGA